AGUUAUUUGGAUGAGUAAUUCAAAUAGCUCCACCAAAGACACAUCCUUUGUUAGUUGGAGUACUGCAUUGCUCCUCAGGUUAGCGACAGCACCGUUUUGUGCUUUGGUUUCUCUGUCUGCUUCCAUGGCUUAUGAGAAUACUGAAUAAGUGGCCCUCUUUUUUUUCUCACAGGACAUCCCUGUGCGGCAGGGUCCUCAUGCCGGUUUUCCUCUGAGGCCAAUGACAGGCUUGCAGACAGCAGCUUUUUCUGAACCACACCGGUACCUCUGCUGAGAAGGGCGGGAGUCUCGAACCUGUGUGUGGCCAGCAUUAGGAGGAAAGUGGCCAAGGGCUCUGGGGUUACUCAGGUUUCUCAUCAUGAAGAAUGCAUCAAGUAGGCUCUCCUAUUGCCAGAGGCCCGCAUGUGUGUCUGCCUGGAUUUGGGGCCAUAAAGGUGUCAAGUCCAGUGCCCAGAGCCUUCCCAAGUGUCCACCUUAUAGCCCUGAAGGGCUGGUCCUGGCCGCGGCUCGGGAGGCGGAGCUGCGCAGGCGCACUGGCCGCAACACCUUGCGUGCGGAGCACGGGCACCGCCAUCUUGAGUGCUCACUGGACUAUAGCGGAGGUCAAGUGGGCGUUAGGCAGCUUGAUGCAGGAAAAGAGGCUGUUUCCAGAUCGCAACGAACGAAAUAAACCAGAGCAUCGUUCUUCCAGCCAAGGACCCUUGUCAUCCAUUAGAGCGGUAAUCAAAAGAUCAUCUCGGACUUCUAUUCAGAGUGAACUUCAUCGAGAUAGGAGGCGCCCGGAGAUCACCAUUGUGGCAGCGGAGCCUCUGAGGCCAGCCUCAUGGUUCCCAGGAGGCCCACCCCCAGGUCUAGGAUUUCCCCCGACUCCUACACUUGGCCCUUGGAGGCCAAAUGAGCUGGUUCCUGCUGAGCUCCCGCCCUCUUAUGAACAAGUCAUAAAAGAAAUCAACCAAGUUCAAGUUAAUACUACAAAUAAUAAUAAUGCUGCUGCCACUCCAAGGCACACUAUCACUUCUGCAACUCAGACUGACUUUUUAGAAGAAAUAGACAACCAUCUGCCUCAAACACUACAGGCACCUCUUAAGCCUCUGCAGCCUCCCCCAGCAGCCUCAUGUGGCAAUCUUCCAGCAAAUGUAGCGCCUUUAAUAGUCUUUGAUAUUUCUGAAGAACAGAAUUGUCCAGAAAACACCAGUGUCACAAGAUGUCCUGUGCCAAAACCAAGAUCAAAAAGCAACCUCAGGCCAGUAGUUAGAGAUACAAACAUUAAAGAAAAAAGUAACCAGAAAAUCAAUCCAGCAGUCCCAGAAGAGGAGUCAUCCCCAGGCCAGCCCCAGUCUCUGCUGGAUAAUAACGACUUAGAUAGUCAGGCAGUGAUGAACAUUAUGAACACAGAACAAAGCCAAAAUAAUAUUGUUUCAAGGAUCAAAGUGUUUGAGGGUCAGACAAAUGCAGAAACCUUGGGACCGACCAAGAAACCAGAAAUUACUCCCCGCACACUUCCCCCAAAGCCUGCUGUUUCCUCAGGGAAGCCUUCUGUGGCUCCCAAACCAGCUGCUAACCGAGCUUCUGGAGAAUGGGACACGUGGACUGAAAACAGACUCAAAGUGAUGCCCAGGGAGGGGUUCACCUCCCACUCUUCACCACAAGAAACAGGAAGCAUCCCUGGAACCAAACCCGAAUUGCCAAAGAAACCAACUCCUGGCCUUAUACAAAGUGGUAAUCAUGAGGUUUCAGGAACAGGGCCCAUCUUCGAGAGCCCCGGUGUUGUGAAGAAAAUCCCAACUCCUGCUCCAAGGCCUUUGCUGCCGAAAAAAUCAGCUUCCACAGAAAACCCUCCCUGUCCUUUGGCUCCACUUAAGCCAGUCCUUGUGCCUCCCCGGCCCUCCGUGGCAUCCCAAGCCAAAGCAUUCAGGUCACUGGGAGAAGGACCUCCGGCCACUCCCCCUGUUCCAGCUCUGCAAAGCAAGGCUGUAGGGGACAUUGACCUCAUCAGCUUUGAUGAUGAUGUUUUGCCCUCUUCAUCUGGGAACCUGGCUGAAGAAUCUGUUAGUUCAGAACUGGUUCUAGAUCCCUUUCAGCUCCCCACAAAAACAGAACCAACAAAAGAAAGAGCAAUUCAACCAGCAACCACCAGGAAGCCCACAGUAAUUCGAAUUCCAGCCAAACCAGGAAAAUGUUUACCUGAGGAGCCACAAAGCCCACCUCCACUCCCUGCUGAAAAACCUAUUGGAAACACUUACAGUGUGGUAUCUGGAAAACUCAGUAAUGUUGACAGAACAAGAAAUGUGGAACCUGGGCACACAGCUGAAACAGGAGGCUUUGGACGAGGACCCCCAAGGUUGCCACCACGACCAGUAAAUGGAAAAGUGAUUCCAGUUCGACGACCUCCUCCCAAAGGGGCCCCUGAAAGACCACCACCUCCUAAACUUCCUGCCACUAGAACAUCAAGUAGAAAACUGCCUUUUAACCGGUCCUCUUCUGACAUGGAUCUUCAGAAAAAACAAAGUCACUUGGCAUCUGGACUCUCAAAAGCCAAGAGUCAAAUCUUUAAAAAUCAAGAUCCGGUGCUACCCCCUCGCCCCAAACCAGGACAUCCUCUGUACAGGAAAUACAUGCUACCUGUGCCUCAUGGAAUUGCCAAUGAAGACAUUAUCUCUCAACACCCUGGAGAGCUCUCUUGUAAGCGUGGGGACGUACUUGUGAUGCUGAAGCAGGCAGAAAAUAAUUACUUGGAAUGCCAAAAGGGAGAAGGUACCGGCAGAGUUCACGUGUCUCAGAUGAAGAUUAUCACGCCUCUUGAUGAACAUCUUAGGAGCAGAGCCAACCCCUGUUUGACCCCUAAGGAUUCAAGCCAUGCUCAGAAGCCCGUUGAUAGUAAUAUUCCUCAUGCUGUUGUUCUUCAUGAUUUUCCAGCAGAGCAAGUUGACGAUUUGAACCUCACAUCUGGAGAAAUUGUUUAUCUUCUUGAAAAAAUAGAUAAAGACUGGUACAGAGGGAAAUACAGAAACCAGACUGGUGUGUUUCCUGCCAACUACGUGAAAGUAAUUGUUGAUAUUCCAGAAAGAGGAAGAGGGAAAAGAGAAUCUGUUUCAUCUCGUUGUGUUAAUGAAGACCUAAGAUGUGUUGCUCGGUUUGAAUACAUUGGAGAUCAGAAGGAUGAAUUAAGUUUCUCAGAGGGAGAAAUAAUUUUGCUUAAAGAGUAUGUGAAUGAGGAAUGGGCCAGAGGAGAACUUGGAGACAGAACUGGGAUCUUUCCCCUUAACUUUGUGGAGCUUGUUGAGGAUCACCCCACCUCUGGGGUGGAUGUUUUAAGCACAAAGGUACCACUGAAAACUAAAAAAGAGGAUUCUGACUCAGAUUCUCAGGAUAACAGCCUUUCUGGAGAAUGGUGCAAAGCUCUUCACAGCUUCACAGCCGAGACCAGUGAUGACUUAUCCUUCAGGAGGGGAGACCGGAUCCUGAUCCUUGAGCGGCUGGACUCCGACUGGUACCGUGGCCGACUGCAUGACAGGGAGGGGACCUUCCCAGCGGUGUUUGUGCAGCCCUGCCCAGCUGAGGUGAAAAAGAUGUCUGCCAUAACCCUGAAAGGGAGAAAGGCCAAAGCCUUGUAUGAUUUCCACGGGGAGAAUGAAGAUGAGCUCUCCUUCAAGGCUGGAGAUACAAUAUCAGAGCUGGAAUCUGUAGAUGACGACUGGAUGAGUGGAGAGCUAAUGGGAAAAUCUGGGAUAUUUCCCAAAAACUACAUUCAGUUCCUGCAAGUCAGCUAAAGGUGAAGCUUGACUGUUCCUUGGCACAAGAACUCACUUGAUCAACUCUGACUAUCAGAUAUGUUUUUGCACUAUUUUUUAAAACAGAAAUAUAUAAGGUAUACAUGGUACAGUAGAAUUUUCUGAAAGCAGAAAACUUGUAGAUUUUGUGAUCUGCUUUCGCUCACAGAAGAAAGGUGCACAUGGAAAGCCAUGAGCUAGGAUCUGCCAUGGGAGGUGUCUGGCAGGCUUAGGGAGCUGAGAGGCCUGGCCCUGGGGAGGAGAGGGCUUCGCGGCAGCCUGGGGAGGCUCACAAACAGAAACUGUACAUGGAUGUCUGUUUUAAUCAGCUCAAGUGAAUUAACCACGGUUUUUCAUUUUUUACAUUAGUUUAAAAAGAAGCUAUUUGACAUUCUACAUGCUGUAACUAUCAGACAUGUUUGGUAAUCUAAAUUUCAUUUUUGAUGCUCAGAUUAAUUCUAACAGCUUGAGCACAUUAGCCUUAGUGCCAGCACAGAUCCUCGCUUUGGGAGGGUAGUAGAUGAAGCAGUGGGAGCGUCUGAAAGCAUGUGGUGAAAUCUGCUGACACUUGCCAGCUGCUCCUGUCUUACUGUUCGCUAGUCACCCGAGGAUUUGAAGGGGUCAGACUUCAACAUACCAGCCAGGCAUGAUGGCACACACCUAUAAUCCCAGUAAUUGGGAGGCUGAGACAGGAGGAUUGUUGCAAGUUUUGAAACCAGCCUGAACUACAUAGCAAGACCCUGUCUCCAAAAGAAAAAAAAAAAUGUGUUGUAUCUCGCUUAGUGGAAACAACCAAAACCAUCCCUGAAAUGCCUUGCUAAUACAACUAACUCUUCCACAUAUGUGCUGUACUUCUUUCUUUCCUCAGUGUAUACUUCACAUUAACAGCACAUUUUCUGACCAAUCAUUCCUUUGACGAUUACUGGUACCCAAAGGAAAAUUCAUUUUCUUUGCAUUACCCCAGUAAUAUAUAAGCAUUAUGUCUUGUUAGAGUAGUAUACUGUAAAUUAUAUAUAAUAUCAUAGAAUACAAAGGAACUGUUAAAACAGUUAAGUUGGGAAACUGUUAAGAAAGCUCCUUUCUUUGCAGUGUAAUUAGAGAGGAAAAUAGUUGAAGAGGACCAAUGACUGGUACUUUCCCCAGCUCGUGUCUGCAUGAUUUUUAGAGUAAACAAAAACUACUUUCCUGCCAUCCAUUGUUACACAUUCCAAGCUUAAGAUAAAGGUGGUUCUUUGAUUGACUAAAUCAAUUACAGUUUAUGGGCUCAAGCCAAAAAGGUUGAAGACAAUCUUCCACACAGAUCAAUGGAAUGAAAUUUCAUUGGAAUUGUCAGAUAUGUAGCCAACAAUGUUCAUGACUUUCUUCUGUUUUCAAGAAGAGUUUCAUAUGCUGGACCAUUUUUUUUAGCUUUUGUUGUUUUUCCCCCAUCAUCCAUAAAGCUGGGCAAAAAGUGAUUCUAGCAUUAGUAAACACCAUGCGGAGUUCUGUAAGGAAGCAGUACUCUGUCUCUCCGUGACUGAAGCUCAUCUCCAGGUGUGUGGCUGCACUGGAGCUGUGUUGGCUGUGUUUGAGUGAAGAAAAGAGUAUAAAGAAAGUCCUUGUCAAAUUUCUCUCAAAAGUAACUUCGUGAGAAUUGGAUGAGUUAAAGCAUUAUCCAAACCAAAUGCCCAUUUGCCGCAGGUUGUACAUCAACAGGAAGUGGCAAAAGUAUGGAACUUAUAUCUUUGCCUGUGUAGUUGUAACAUCCUAUAUUGAAGAUUCUGAAAACCUGUCUUUACUAGAGAAAAAUCCCUCUUAAAUGUUGGCCUUCUGUAAGCAGAAUAAGUGCAAUAGUUAUAAAUCUAUUCGACACUUAACUGAACCAAACUUCAAGUCCCUUUCUGAGACUAGACUGAAUUUUUUUGAGUGUAGGGCUGGUAUCUUUCAUGCCUUUAUAUCUCCAGUCCUCUGUGCUAUACUAGAUGGGUGGAUAGGUGGGUGGAUGACUUCACGUUUAGCAAUACUUGCUUGGAUUUAAUCAAUGUUAUUCCUCAUUAAUUUGUUGACAAAGGCCUAUAUUGAAAUAAAAUUCAGUUACCAUAUUGUUUCACUCUG